AUUUUGGACGGUGAAGGUAUUCAUGAGUACGUAAACAGUUUUCUGAAGGUCAUAUCAAUUAACUAUUCAUAGAUUACACGUUCUACCUCGUGAGCCAUGGAUUUAAAGGAUUUUCUUAAAAUAGGAACCACCGGUCUGACUGGUUUGUUUGCAGGAUGUGCCCUGUACGUGAAUACAGUGAGCAGUCCAGCUGGUGAAACCUUUGAUCUACAAAAUUGUCGCAAAAACUGGAAAGAAAACUUCUUGAGAGCAAAAAAUGUUCAGGGAGCCUUAGCCUUCACUGGUUCACUGACUGGUGCCUGUGUGUAUUACCUAGACGAGGAUUCGGACACAAGGUUGCUAUGGUUGGUUGGCUCUGGUGUAUUUCUAAGUGUUUGGCCGUGGACUAUGGCUGUUAUGAUGUCAGAUAUUAAAAAAAAUCUUGAAGAAGAUGUCAUGCAAACAGCAGGAGAAACUUGGGUCAAAAAUCAUAUCAGAAGAUGGAACAAGCAACAUGGUGUAAGAACAUUUCUUAGCUGUACCGCCUUUGGAAUAUUCUUAUAUGCUCUCUCAAGAAAAUAAAAAAGAAAUAGAACAGAAAAGAGAAGACGCCCGAGGACGCAUGAGUUGCACAAAUGUGCCUCACAUAUAGUUCAAACAAUCAGAUAUAGUUCAAACAAUCAGAUAUAGUUCAAACAAGUUCAAUCUAGCAUACGGAUAAGUAGUUUUUGUUCUUUGGUUACCAAAGGAAUAGAGAAUAUUGAAGUUUUUUUACAAUUACGGAAAUUGCGAAUUUAUUUUCAUUGACAAGUGAUAUGAAAUAUUAUAAUUUCAUACCAGAAAAUGAAAUUAAAUCUCAUAUUUAUAGAAAAACAUCGACUUUUCUGUUUAUUAUAUACCUAUAUUUAAUGUUUUGAUCCAACGGUUCUAAAGACUUUAACAAUGAUUUUGUGUAAUGCCUGAAAUUAGAAGAAAAAAGUCCGGAAAUAUACCAGUUGAAAUACAGAAAAUUAUUUCACUGCAGUUAAAAUAUGAAUUUCGAAAAAAAUGCAUUGACUUCAUCAAUAUUUCUCAAUAUUUCAUUUAUAUAAUAAUAUAUAUAUAUAUAUAUAUAUAUAUAUAUAUAUAUAUAUAUAUAUAUAUAUAUAUAUAUAUAUAUAUAUAUAUAUAUAUAUAAUAAACUUUUCUUUUAUCUAAGUAUGUCAGUGAAAAGAUUACAUUUUCAUAGAUAGUUCUACAUGACUGCACUGAUAUGUUUUACUUGUUAAAUGCACGUGUAUAUUAUUAAUUGUUUGGAAUAAGUUAAAAUGUUUAAACAUUUAUUGUGGGCAUUUCAAUACAUUUAUAAAAUACAUGUGUAUAUAGCAUGCAUUUAGUAUUUUCAAUAAAACAUAUGAACUUGC